AUGACUCAAGACAUCAAGGAAUUGGCGAGGCAAUGGCUGGAGCUCGACCAAGACAAAACAACUACAGAUGAAAUCUACAAGCUGCUAGUUGAUGGCGAUACCGACGAGCUCGAGAAGCGACUUCGACAUCGCAUCGCUUUCGGGACAGCUGGACUCAGAGGGCCUAUGCAGGGCGGAUUCGCUUGCAUGAACUCUCUGACGGUGAUACAAGCUUCCCAAGGACUUGCAGCCUACUUGCUCAAAACUGAAGAGAAUGUAAAGAGAAGGGGUGUGGUAAUUGGCAGAGACGCGCGGCACAACUCAGAAAAGUUUGCCAAGCUCACCGCAGCCGCUUUUGUUGCUAAAGGCAUCAAAGUGUGGUGGUAUGAGGAACCCAGCCAUACGCCCAUGGUUCCCUUUGGCGUUCGCGAACUCGAAGCCGCUGCUGGAAUUAUGAUAACAGCCAGUCACAACCCGGCCAAAGACAAUGGAUACAAGGUCUACUGGUCAAAUGGCUGCCAGAUCAUCCCUCCACACGAUAGUGGAAUUGCUGAUUCCAUCAUGGAAAACCUGAAGCCUGUCACCUGGGAUACGACGCUGGUAGAUUCUUCGCUCCUUGUGGAGGGAAGUCUAGGACUGGUACAAGACAACUAUCAUAGAGCCAUCCUUUGCGCUGCGCAGCCCGAGCAUGUCCAAGUCAAGAUGGACCCAGAGCUCAGAUUUGUGUAUACCCCUAUGCAUGGUGUUGGCCUUCCCGCCAUGCAGCGAUGUGCAGAAACACUUGGUGUGGCCUCGCAAAUGACUGUGGUGGAAGCUCAAGCAAAACCAGACCCUGACUUCCCCACCGUAAAGUUUCCAAACCCUGAAGAGAAGGGUGCGCUUGACCUGGCAAUCGAAACGGCCGACAAGUCAUCCACACGCCUCAUCCUCGCUAGCGAUCCUGAUGCAGACCGACUCGCGGCAGCAGAGAAGGUAGGAGACAGAUGGCACAUCUUUAGCGGAAACCAACUUGGAGCGCUGCUCGGAUCGUAUCUCUUCGAACGCUACCCGGAGACAAAACCACGAGAGAAGCUUGCGAUGCUGGCUUCCACCGUCAGUUCCAGGAUGCUCGCGGCUUUGGCGAAGAAGGAAGGCUUUAAGUUUACCGAGACUCUAACCGGAUUCAAGUGGCUUGGGAACGUCGCGCGACAACUCGAUAGCGAAGGCUACGAUGUCGUCUACGCGUUCGAAGAAGCCUUGGGAUACAUGAUUCCACAAACCGUACAUGACAAGGACUCUAUCAGCGCAGCUGCAGUAUUCCUCACUGCCGCGUCGCAUUGGGCCACACAAGGUCUUACUCCAUAUGCCAAACUGCAGCAACUCUACGAGUACCUUGGCUACUUUGAGGACGCGAACACCUAUCUCGUAUCACCAUCCCCAUCCGUGACGACGUCCGUGUUCACAGCCAUCCGUGCACUGGGCAGCCCGCACCCCACCACCAUCGGGUCCCGCAGGAUUGUGCGUUGGCGAGAUCUGACCCUAGGCUAUGACUCAAAGAGCAAGGACCACAAGCCCGAUCUGCCGGUAGAUGUCACUAGCCAGAUGAUAACAUGUGAGCUAGAUGACGGGGCGGUAUUCACAGUCAGAGGAAGCGGAACCGAACCGAAGAUCAAGCUUUACAUUGAGUGUCAAGGCAAGAGUAGCCAAGAGGCGAAGAAGGGUGCUAACGAAAUAUUGGAUGAUCUUCUGCGGGAAUGGUUCAAGCCUGAGGAAAACGGCUUGAGACUUGCUUAG